GCGCGCGGCUGGGCGACACCCGCCGCGGCCGCGCUCCUCCCGCUCCGUCCCCGCUCUGUGCCCGCUCCUCCCGCUCCUCCCCGCGCUCGUCCGCAGGCCCGGCGGCGCGAUGCGGCAGCUGUGCCGGGGCCGCGUGCUGGGCAUCUCGGUGGCCAUCGCGCACGGGGUCUUCUCGGGCUCCCUCAACAUCCUGCUCAAGUUCCUCAUCAGCCGCUACCAGUUCUCCUUCCUGACCCUGGUGCAGUGCCUGACCAGCUCCACGGCGGCGCUGAGCCUCGAGCUGCUGCGGCGCCUCGGGCUGGUCGCCGUGCCCCCCUUCGGCCUGAGCCUGGCGCGCUCCUUCGCGGGGAUCGCCGUGCUGUCCACGCUGCAGUCCAGCCUCACGCUCUGGUCCCUGCGCGGCCUCAGCCUGCCCAUGUACGUGGUCUUCAAGCGCUGCCUGCCCCUGGUCACCAUGCUCAUUGGCGUCCUGGUGCUCAAGAACGGCGCGCCCUCGCCUGGGGUGCUGGCCGCCGUGCUCAUCACCACCUGCGGCGCCGCGCUGGCAGGAGCCGGCGACCUGACCGGCGACCCCGUGGGGUACGUAACGGGCGUGCUGGCCGUGCUGGUGCACGCCGCCUACCUGGUGCUCAUCCAGAAGGCGAGCGCCGACACGGAGCACGGGCCGCUCACCGCGCAGUACGCCGUCGCCGUCUCCGCCAGCCCGCUGCUUGUCGUCUGCUCCUUCGCCAGCACCGACUCCAUCUACGCCUGGGCCUUCCCCGGCUGGAGGGACCCAGCCAUGGUCUGCAUCUUCGUGGCCUGCAUCCUGAUCGGCUGCGCCAUGAACUUCACCACGCUGCACUGCACCUACAUCAACUCGGCGGUGACCACCAGCUUCGUGGGCGUGGUGAAGAGCAUCGCCACCAUCACGGUGGGCAUGGUGGCCUUCAGCGACGUGGAGCCCACCUCUCUCUUCAUUGCCGGCGUCGUGGUCAACACCCUGGGCUCCAUCAUUUACUGUGUGGCCAAAUUCCUGGAGACCAGAAAGCGAAGCCACUACGAGGACUUGGGGGCGCAGCCCGGGGGCGACGAGGCGCCGCCGAGCGGAGGCCAGCUGCCGUUCUUCCUGGAGGAGCUGCCCGCGGAGGGUGGAGAGAUCGGGUCAGCAGGUGGGGAGGCAGCAGGUGGCCCGGCUCGGCAGAGUGGGCAAGAGGCCAGGGGCAGCCCCGGGGGAGCCCGGCUGGGGGCUCGGAGCGCGCAGGUGUCAGGCAGCCCUGAAGCGAGCAAGAGGUCGUUAAAGGAUGCUUACCUUCAAGUGUGGAGGUUAGUUCGGGGCACCAAGUACACGAAGAAGGAUUAUUUGAUAGAAAAUGAGGAGCUUCCCAGCCCUUGAAAAGGAAAUGCGUGUUUGUAUAUAUGUACAUAUGCUUAUUUUAUAAGUGAGAGAUAACUUAUUUUAAUGAGGGCUGCCCAAUUUCAUUCUUUGAGGAGUGGGGAAGGGAAGCAAGGGAAAGAGCUGAAACGGACUGAUAUCCACGGCAGAGCACCUGUGUGAAUUAUUUAGCGUGAGGUUGCCCGAGGCAUCGCCGAGGCAGGAGGUUGUGAAGCUGCUUGACAAGCCAGGCAGACUCUGGGCAUGUUAGCUUUUCAUGGUGAUAACCAUAACCAAGUGUCUGCGUGUACCCAGUCGCUCACCACCCGCUCUGAAGAUGGAGUCUAGAGAUGAGGGUAGCACCAGGUCAGCUCAAAGAUCACACAGGGGCACGUUUCUGGUGAUGGAACCACAGUUUUUAUGGCCAGCUGGGCAAAGAGUAUAUUAUUGAAAUGAUGUAUAUAAAUACACUGAAUUGAUGUUCACUGUUCAUAGUCAGCUGAAAUACCGUGUUUACUAAUUUUUCUUCACUUGUUUCCUUUUUUAAAUAAGUGCUUUAUUAUUCUAUUUUAUAUUGGUAGAAAAUGUUAAAGCUACUUUGAAAAUAUGAGUUCUUAGCUUUAAUCAUGAAGUUUAAAGUUGGCUUUUAGUAAUUAUAAAAAUAUUUUAAAGGUUGUUUUGGCUCACUGCUUUAUAAUAUUUAUUACUGAAUGCCAUAGCCUUUUUAAAAACCAGUUUUACUGUGUCUGGUAUGCUUUCAAGCAAACGCGAUGGCUGAAAUAGAAUUCGGCCUUCACUGAAGCCGAAACAGAGUGAGACCAUCCUGGUGAGCUCACCCUUCCAGCCACACUGCACGAUCCAACCGUGUUACCAAAAGAGCAGCUGCUAUAUUCACUUUAUGAUAUUUUUCUAUCUUAAAUUUGUCAAAAUAAAGUAUGAGUCU